AUGGCUUCCGUAGUCGAUGCCAAGAAGCUUUCCGAAGUUGACGAGACCAGCAAACCAGACGACAUUCUCGAGGGCACUAUCGCAGAUGCGACUGAAUACUCCGAUAGUUACUUUCGAAAACUUCGCUUCAAGAUCGACUUAUGGCUUCUGCCAUUGAUGUGGGUGUGCUACGGCACGCAACAAGCCGACAAGACAUCCCUCAGUGUCCAAGCCGUCUUCGGCCUGCGAGAAGAUACCGGUCUCGUGGGCGAACAGUUCAACUGGCUGAGCACGAUUUUCUAUCUCUCCUACCUUUUCUGCGAGUUCCCGGGAAACUGGUUGAUACAGAAGAGUCACACUGGCAAAUUCCUGUCGGUUGUGAUGGUGCUGUGGGGUGUCGUUGUUCUGUGCAUCGCCUUUGCUAAGAACUUUGCGCACCUUAUGAUUCUUCGUACGCUGCAGGGUGCUCUCGAGUGCACGAUCUCUCCGACAUUCAUGCUCAUUACCGGAGCCUGGUAUACUUCCCAGGAGCACACCCUGAGGUCUCUGAUUUGGGGAACAUCCAAUGCUGGAAUGAACAUCAUUACCGGGCUUUGCAUGUAUGGAAUCGGACUACACGCUCAGAAAGACCCUGGUGGCUUGGCUGCAUGGAAGGGGAUCUCCCUAUUCCUCGGCGGCCUGACCAUCGCGUGUGGGAUCCUCGUCUGGUUUAUCCUCGGUACGCCCCGCGAAGUCCGAUGGCUCAAUGAAGAAGAGAAGAAAGCCGCGAUGGCCCGCGUCAUCGUCAACCAGACAGGUUCCGAUCGUCAAAAGAGAUCCGAGUUCAAGUGGGACCAGGUGUGGUCGACAUUCAGGGAUCCUCAAACCUACUUCUUCUUCUUUGUCACCAUCAUCAACGCCCUCCCUAACGGAGCGAAUACGACGUUUUCGAAACUGAUUUGGAAGUCGUUUGGGUUCACACCGCUGGAGACGUUGUUGAAGGGCUCCACUCCUUACUACUGCGUGAGCAUUGUCUGGUUUUUGGUAGUUGGCUUCGUCACGUUGAAGAAGCCAAAUCUCAGAUCCUUCAGUGGCAUGAUGGCUCUGGCAUUCCUUCCCACAGACUCUAUGAAAUGGACGAGAUGGGGGAUGUACAUCCUCCAGGUCUUUGGUUCCUUGCCAGGUCUGAGAAGGACGAAGAAGACUGUUACGUCUACAGUCCUCUUCGUUGCCUAUUGUGUUGGUAAUGCGGUGGGCGCCCAAAUGUUCGUAGCGUCCGACGCUCCAAAGUACAUUCGUGGUCUCACUGCUUGUGCUGUUCUCUACUGCGUUGAGUUCUGCAGCAUGGCGACUUGGCGUUUCUAUUACAUCUGGGAGAACAAGAGGCGGGACAAGGUUGUCAACGAGCAAGGUAUUUCCAAAGAGGAGAGCGAGCGUCUUGGAAAGUUGAACGCUGAAGCAGAUAUGACGGAUAGAGAGAACAUUCACUUCAGGUACAAGUAUUAG